AUGUCCAGCUAUAGUACUACAGUAAGACAAGAAGGUUUCCAGCUUCCUUCACCUGCACACACUGCUUCGUCAUCGUCAGAGACGCCCACCUCACCUCCUCCAACGUCCCCAACUGAUCUUUUCAUGCCACCAAAUCUAUCUUUUCUUCCCGACUCAUUUCGCAAAUUUCCAAGUGCUGCUCAAGCUCACUCUCAUCAUCAACCAGCUACAACACCAGGCACUAUCGACUUCGCCGACGAUCUCGCAACGCUCAUAGACUCGCACACGCACCCGCACCAUGCAUCACACGAACGUAGUACAUACGAUGCAGACCCAUACCGUCACAAUAUUUUUGACAUCAGCGCUCCUGCAGCCCACUACCGACCUCCAUCAUCAACAGAUAUUUACCCAAACAGUCAACAACAACACACCAAUGAUCUCCCCCAUGCCCAUUUCAACAGUACCCUUCCUGCCUUAAAUAGUACUAUGCGCUAUGAACCACACCCAGAUCCGCCAUCACAUUUCACUUACCGCCACACCCCAUCCCCGCACAACCCCAACUCACGCAGUCGUAGCCGUUCACGCCCCCCAAGUCUCGGCCCCACCCGAACAUCCCGCCGCGAUCGCCGCGCCAAUAGCAUUAGUUCACAUGUAUCCGGCACUUCCCCGCCCCCUCCCGCCCGUCCUCACGCCAUAGUUAUCCCCGGUCGGGGUGGUGGUCCAACAAUGGGCGGCUUCUUCGUUCCCGGUCAAGGCGAAUACUCGCUUCCCACACCCGACAGUCUCUCUCAUUCCUUUGGCGGGUUCCAGGGAUAUAAUGCGGCAACCACUUCAUACCCUGCCCAGCAGCCUUCCUUUGCUUCGCAAAACAAUGUGGCUAUAAAUUAUGGUAGUUUUAAUGGCCGUACCGGAACUCCUAGCAUGGGAAUCAGUCCGAGUGAAGUUUCUACUUUGGGUAUACUUGGGGGCACCACUACAUCUGCUGCCCCUGCGCCUGUCAAAGGAAAACAUUCUGAUGGUGAUGGUCUAUCAGAAAAAAGACGAAGAAGGCGGGAGAGUCACAAUGCUGUCGAGAGAAGGCGGAGAGACAACAUCAACGAAAGAAUCGGCGAGCUAGCAGGGCUAAUUCCAGGGGUGCUCUUUGAAUGUGAUGCUCCGCUCAUUGCUCCAACAUCCCCCACCCUCCUCAGCGCAACUUCACCUGCAGUCGAAAACAACGAUCUCUUCUCACUCCCCCUCCUCCCAGACGCAACAAACUCUGACGAGGGUCUUCCUGACGUCCCUGAAAAUGGGGUACCCGGCACUCCUGUCAACGGGAAUGCAGUGAAAAAGGAUCCAAGCGAAGAUGGAGAUGAUGGCCGAGGUAACGCGAAUGGCGGUGUAAAUGGUGGUAUCCCUACGAACGGGAUUACUACCGCAAAUGGCUCUGAGCCGCAAAUGAUCAAGGCGAACAAGGGGAUGAUUUUGAGGAAGUCUGUGGAAUACAUCCGCUACCUCCAACAGCUCGUCAGCGUGCAAGCUUCACGCGGCCGAGAUCUCGAAGAACGCAACCGCGUCCUCGAGCGCGAACUAGCAACGAUCCGCGGAACCCCCCUCCCUUCCUCCCGCUCUGCCUCAAACUCAAACUCUGUAGAUUCAUCCAGACUUUCCCUCGCAUCCUCACAAACAUCCCUGCCACAAUCUUCAUGGGAUGCCGAGAGAAAGUGGGAAAUGGACAUUGAGGAUCGGGGCGAGGAUGAGGAACGUGGUCGGGGACGCGUGCGUGCUAGGAAAGAGGAAGUUGGUGCAAAAAUCCGCGAGGACGAUGUGAUUAGUGGGGAGGAACGCGAUAUGGAGAUAUGA